AUGCGCCCGCCCCGGUCCGGUCCCCCCCGGCCCCGGCCCGGUCCGGUCCGGGGCCGGGUCCCGCGCGCAGCUCACCAGGCUCGCGGGGUCCAUGGCCGCGCGCUGCUGCUGUUGACGUGGCCGGCUGGAGCUGUCACGCCGCCGCCGGGUGCUCAGACUGGGACAGCCCGCGCGCGCUCCCGCUUCCGCAACAGGCGCACGGACGGAGCCGGAGCCUCGCAGGCGCGGGCACGGCGCCGGGACACGCCUCUUCCCGCCCCCCGGACCUCUCACAGCGGGGGGAGUGCGUCCGCGUGGGCUUCCCUCGGCAGACCUGUCCGGGUACCUCGCUCCACAGGUGCCCGCGCACAGAGCACGCGCCGCUCUCCAUCCGCCGCGUUCGCUCAGACAGCCCUCCGGAGGAGCGCGCUCGCGGCGCGCGGGCACGCGCCUCGGCAAGGCGUAAGCGUGUUCCCGUUUCUGCACAGCGUUGCACGCCGGGAAAGGCAGGCAAAGAUGGCGGGCGUGCAGCCGCCCCCCCUCCGCAGCUGGGAGGACUUCGUGCUGGGCGCGGCGCGCUUCGCGGCGCCAGAUGUGCGCGACGCGCACCGCUGGCGCGGCCGCGUGCUCAACAACCUGCUGUACUACCAGAGCAACUACCUGCUGUGCGCGCUGGGCCCGCUGCUCCCGCCCCUGCGGCUGCUGGCGGGGGGGGCGGUGGUCAGCCUGCUGCUGCUGGGCCUGGUGCGGGCCGCGGAGAGCCGGGCCGCCGUGCGCCGCUUCCGGAGGAACCGGCCGUCCCUGUCGCUGCUGACCAUCCUGCUGGUCAGCUGCCUGCUGCUGUCGCUGCUGGGGGGGGUGGCCGUGUUCCUGGGGGGGGGGGCAUCUGCAGCAGAUGUUCUGCUGGACCUCCUGACCCACAUGCUCCUCCGUGGGCUGACCGCUCCUGGACACCUGCCUGGGGCUGAGGCCGGCCUUCAGCUGACCGGCCGGCUCCUGGGGGGCGGUCUGACUCUGGACUCGUGUGUGUGCUUCACAGUGAUCCUCCUCCAUGCGUCGCUGAGGCUGCGCAACCUGAAGAACAAGCUGGAGAACAAGCUGGAGAGCAUCGGGCUGAAGAGGACCCCCAUGGGGCUGCUGCUGGAGGCCCUGGGCCAGGAGCAGGAGGCGGGGUCCUAG